AUGAUCAUCCAGAGCGACAUCGAAAGCGAACUGUUUCGUGUAUGGAGCCUUAUCUCCGAGCUCUCUGAUCAGCUCCAAGAAAACCGAAUGGUCACUGCAGACCUCCGUGCACAAGCCGAUGGCCUGAAGGAACGCCAAGGCAGUACAUUCGGGAACUGGAUACCCUUUGCGACGACGACGACAGAGGUCUUCGAAGAAGAGCUCGAAAAGCUCAACAGUCAGUUUCAAACAGAAAAUCAGAAUCUCUCGAAUGAGAACAAGCAGCUGAGCGUACUUGUUAAGGAGUACGAACAGACUCUCGAGAGCGUCAUGAGCAAAUUUCGAAUACACGCUCACGCCUCACAAGAGCAUGAAUUGGCGUUGACACGUCAAUAUGAACAACAGAUCAUUGCGCGUGAGAGCAACACUUUGACUCAUGAACUUGAAGAAUCUGCCAAGAUAUCCCUCGGACUCGCUCGUAUCUCAGCAGGCCUACGCAUGGCGCUGCGGGCGAGUGCAGGCGAAGACGUCGAUGGGACCGUUGCAGACCCUUCGUUGCCAAAUGCGUCAUCGGACACCCAUGCUCUGGAAAGGGAGUGCGAACUCGUAAGGCUCGAACGAGAAAACGAAGAGUUGCGAGCGCUCUUGGAGCUUCGAGAUUCCAAGGACACUGCAACCCUCAAGGAGGAGAUUGCUCAAGAAACGAGAGAAGCAUAUGCCCGUCGAACAGGAGGCCAACUUGACAGCCCAUUCAUGGCUCACAAUAUGGACGGUCAUCGAAUGUUUGCCCCCGGCGGGUUCAGAGGGCUUUCCAGAGGAGGCAAGCGCGGCGGAAUGUCCAACCGGGGCAAGCCUCGAAUGUUUGGAACAGCUCAGGGAUGGUAA